AUGUCGAAAUAAGAAUUAGAGAUAGUAAUUAAUGCUUGCGAGAGGCUUAAACUUAAAUAUGACGAUCAAGCUAGCGUUGAACAAAUAGCGAAUGAAAUCAUCAAAACUUAUAAUUUCCCAAAAUAAUCCGAAUACAAAAUAGAAAUUGAUUAAAAGUUCAGAGAGCCUUCAUAUAUAUUGAAAGAUCUGCCAAUCAGUCCAAUUAAAGCUAACUUUAACUUUGAGACAACGGUCACUUUUGUUGGUAGAUUUAACACAUCCUUUGAACAUCGCAUAAACCUAUGUAAAUAAAUCAAAUAAAUUUCCAAUGAAAUAAUGAAAGUCAUCCUUCCAAUAGAAUAUUUUGUCUACAUCCCAUAAUCCGAUUAAAACGGCAAUCUGCUCUAUAUCAAUUCGUACUAAGAAAUCCCAAAAUUAAUAGAAUUUGACAUUUUGGCAAACUUUUAUAUCAAUUAUUACGGAAUCCAUUGUCAGUAGAAAAUCCACCCUUUCGCCUAAAUUGAAUAGAUUAAAUACCAGAUAAACGAACAUUUUAACAUUAAAUCUGACUUUCAACUUUUCUACAAGGAAACCGAACUGAAAGAUCAAAAUUAGUACAUCGCUUACCUAAUUCCAGAUCACUCAGAACUUAGGAUUAAAUUAUUAACUAAUUUCAAAUUCCUGAUCAAACACCAAGAUACGGUUCAUCAAUUCUCAUGUGCCUACUAAGAGAAAUUAGGAGCAUUUAAAUAACGAUUAAAAUAAAUAUAUCAGGUUUCUGAAAAACACCCACUAUAAUUAAUCUAUAUGAAUAAUGAGUUGAGAAAUGAUCAAGAUUCCAUGUAAGAUUUGAGGUUUUUGGAGAACUCUAUUAUUGAAAUGCACAUUGGAAUUAAAUAUUCAUUGACUUUAUAAAAUAAGGAUUCCUAAGAAAAAUUCUAAUUUCAAGUUAGAUCAAUUGAUUUAGUAUCAAUGUUAGAUAAACACCAUCCUUUCAUGAAUAAAUAAGUUACUUAUGAGUUUAAUAAUAAGAAGCUAAGAAAAGAGGAAACUUUUGAAUAACUUUAGGUUGAUACAGAAAAAAUAACCAUUUAUUAUCAAAUAGAAAAGCAGAAAAUGUACGUUUAAUUUUAAGAUGAGUUUGCAAAACAUAGAAUUGAAGUGAUCACAUCUGAUCCAAUUAAGAAUGCGUUAUAGCAAUUCAAUUAAGGAAAUGAUCCUAUUUCAAUUUCUUAUGGAGGGAAAAAUAUAUCUAUUGAUAGUACUUAUGAGAAAGAAGCUAUUGUAAAUGACAGCAUAAUAGUGUACAGAAUUAAUAAUGGUAUAUAAAUCAAAUUCACUAUUGCUCCUAAUUGUGUAGAACAUCCAAUUUUGGUCCCUAGAGAUACGAAGGGAGGCUAGCUAUUGAAAGUUCUAUCUUAACGUUAUUCGAACUAAGGAUAAAAAUAUAAAUUGAUGCUUAAAAACUAUGAGUUCCCUUCUGAUUAGACAGUUAUCAAAGAUCAAUGUUAUAGAUUGGUUCGUACUUUUGAGAUGCAAUUUAAGUAUGACAAAGACGAUCAACUUUAUGUAGAAGUAUUCUCAUAAGAGGAUAAAAUUUAUGAUGCAAGGAAAAAAAUAUCUUAGGCGUUUAAUAUACCUUUUGAUUCAAUAGUUCUGAUACAUAAGGAUUAUCCAUUAAAGGAUGAUUCCCUCAUUAAUCAAUACAAAGAUAAAGUACUAACUAUCUCUCAAGCUGUUCACAUUAGUUUUCAAAAGAGGCAUGGUUCUAUAUUAAUUUAAAAGUAUUAUUCGAAAUACCUAAAAUGUAAAGAUAUUUUCAGAGAUUUUUAGAGAGAAUACCAACUUCCAUGCAGAUUUGAAUAUAACCAAUAAAAUAUUGACGAAAAUAAUUUGUUAAAGGAAAUUUGUAAAGAUGAAUAAAAUAUUGUGUUUAUUUAUGAAUUUUAGUAUAACCUAAAACUCAUAAACAAAGAAAUAGACACUGAAAUAAUAAAAGUUUAGUUUUAUCCUUCAGAAAUUAUUGGCUCUGUCUUUUAAAGAUAUUUGAGUGAGAAUUUCCAUUAUUUGUACAAUGGUUAAUAAAUUGAUAUUUAGAAAUCAUUUGAAGAGCUUAAAAUUGCACAGAAUUAAAAAAUAUAGUAUUUUUAAUUGCACAAAUUCAAUUUAUGGAUUCCAAACAAACACAUAAGUUUCGAGAUUUAAAUUGACUCAUUGAAAUAUAAAAUCAUAGAUGCUUUAUCUCCAAAAAUCAAGGAGAUGUUUUAAGAACACUUUACAGCAAUCUACAACAAUCGUCAAUUAGAUUUAUAAAAGACCUUUCUUUAAGAAAAAGUCAUGAGCGGAGCCAAUAUUGAAUGCUAAUUAGUUACUUAUUUGCAGGUGAUUGUACAUGAUAAUGAAUUUGAUAGAACGUUUAAGAUACAUUCAAAUAUAAGCAUUGGACAAUUAAUUAAUAUGUUGGAUGGAAAUCAAAAUAAAAAAUUAUUAUUCUCUAAAGAUUAGAAAUAAUUGGAAAACAAUAUCAUUUUAUCACAACUAAAAAAUGAAAAUGGCAUUAUAGAACUGAUUUAUAAAGAAUUAGUUCCCACCUCAGAUGCUAUCUAUCAGCCUUCAGGAUCUAUGCCAACUACUUUUAAUUGGACACAAAACCUUAAAACUACAGAAAGUAGUUAAAUAGAUAUUGUCAUAAUUAAUAUUAAUAAUGACGAUAAGCUAUUUGAGACAGUGAGAUUGGAUCAGAAAUUAAGAGAUUUUCGUAAGGAAUUUGAAAUCAAAAUGGAGUUUUCUGGCAUUACUAUAUUUUAUGAAGGUGAAGGAGUGGAUUAUGAUAAAACAUUUGAAGAGAUAGGAGCACAUCAGUAAAGUCUAUUUGAAAUUAUUUGA